AUGCCUCCCAAAGCCGACUUGAACAAGGCCGGGCACGAGUCGAGUGACUUCCCCUCGCUCUGCAACGUCUGCCUCGGUCCAAACCCCUACAUCCGCAUGUCGAAGCAGCCUCUCGGUGCCGAGUGCAAGGUCUGCACCCGGCCAUUCACGGUCUUCCGAUGGCUGCCAGGACAGGGCAUGCGGUACAAGAAGACGGAGAUCUGCCAGGUCUGCGCAAAGGCCAAGAACGUCUGCCAGACCUGCCUGCUCGACUUGCAGUUUGGUCUGCCGACGCAGGUCAGGGACACGGUGUUGGGCGUACAGUCAAAGGCGCCGACGAGCAAUAUCAACCGGGAGUACUAUGCUCAAAACCUCGAGAAGGCGCAGGAGGAAGGCGGCGCAUCGGGCGCGUUCCAGUUCGGCAAGGCGGACAGCGCAGGACGCGACUUGCUGAAGCGAUUGGCGCGCAACGACCCGACGUACAAGCGGAAUCGUCCCCACCUCUGCUCGUUCUACGCCAAGGGCGCGUGCAACCGCGGCGAUGCGUGUCCGUACAGGCACGAGCUGCCGGUCGAGAACGCGCUGAGCCAUCAGAACAUCAAGGAUCGAUACCACGGCAACAACGAUCCUGUCGCGCGAAAGAUCCUGGCGAAGCACGCUGGCGAGGCAGGACUUGCGCCUCCCGCGGACACCGACAUCACCUCCCUCUUCCUCACCUCCCUCCCCGCGACAGCAACUGAAGACGCAAUCCGGCAUUGGUUCACCGCGACCGCCGGCCUGCCCGACAACAAGCUCAAGUCGAUCGUGCUCGUCUCGGCGUCCAAGUCGGCUUUCGUCAACUUCCGCGAUCGCGACGCCGCCGAGAUGGCAGCAGAGAAGUGCAGCGUCGGCGUCAAGGUCGAUGGACACCCGGUCAAGGUGCAGUGGGGCAGGAGUCGGCCGAAGAAGACGGGAGGAGGCGGUCCUUCGAAGCCGGCGGGCGAGGUCUCUCAGCGCGAGAUCGAGGCGACUGGGAAGUAG